UCUAUUAUCUUAUGUCGCCACCACCACCACCGAUCGGUAUCCGUUUAUCCUCUCACUCCGCCGUCAUCCUCACCGCCGAGACCACACAGUCAAACACAGACAUGAGCGCCUGUAAAUUCCUUCUCCGGUAUUCUCUCUCUUGCUUAGACUUCAGCACAACACGCAUCGCAACGUGUACUCCGUCUUUGCAUUUCCCCCGCCACCGUCUUCUCUCUCAAAGUCCAGGUUUAGGGUUUAAGCUUAAAACAUACCGGCAUUCCUCAAGAUUAUAUGGAUCCAUUCAAGCUUCCGUUUCGAUUGAAUCGACCGAAGAUAGCUGUACAUGUGUCGAGGAGGAGGAAGAAGAAGAAAGAAGAAAGUAAACGAAUUUCAGUUAGAGAUCUGUUACGGAGAAACACAAACGACGACGUCGCCAGCUUCAUGAAGAUGGAACGGAGGACUGAACCACAAUCAAACCGCUGGUUUCCUUACCUGGACAAAUUCAAAUCUGGAAACACGUAUUUGAGUAGCGGAGAGGUGUUGGAUGCAGUUGAUCCUUCUUUAAUGGAGCUCAGAAAGGAGAGGUUCAUGAACGUCGUGAAUAAUCGGACCUACUCUGUGUGUAUGGUGGUGGAGGGUUUAUCAGAUCCCGGGAAUGUCUCUGCAGUGUUCCGGUCAGCAGAUGCUUUAGGGUUUCAGUCCGUUCAUGUGGUGUCUCUUGACAGCCGGAAAAGGUGUUAACCCAAUCUGAGGUAUAGAGAGCAUCGCCAUAUUAGUAUGGGAGCUGAGAAAUGGUUAGAUAUCGAGCUCUGGGAUUCUGCUGAAGAAUGCUUUCAAGUUUUGAGGUCACGUGGCUAUCGCAUUGCUACAACACACGUGGGAAUUGAAGCUGUUUCUAUCUAUGAUAUGGAUUGGUCAUGUCCCACUGCAAUAGUUGUUGGAAAUGAGGGCAGGGGGAUUAGUGAAGAAGCUUUGAAAAUGUCAGAUAUGCAUUGUAGUAUUCCAAUGAAAGGAAUGGUGGAUUCAUUUAAUGUGUCAGUUGCUUCGGGAAUCCUCAUGCAUCAUGCUGUAUGUGAUAGAACUUCACGUUUGGGUGGUCAUGGUGAUUUAACAUCAGAAGAAAAACAAAUAUUGCUUGCGGAAUUUUCUUUAAGACAUAGUAGGAGUUCAAUGAGCAUUGCACAUGAGUAUGCAAAGCUUAAGGUCAAAAGUGUAUGAAACUUUGAUAAAUGAACACAUGGUUCAUAUUAAGGCAUUGUACUUUAAAGAAUUGUUUAGUUAUAGCAUUUGUACUUUUGGGAUUUUUUUUUUUUUUUUGGUUAUGACAAUAAUGGAUCGGGAUUUGGAAUGGAAU